UAAUACGCUAAUAGUCUCUCUGUCGAUCCUUUUCUCCUUUCUUUUCCUAUAACUGUGUUCUGACGAAGUGUUGUACCUUUUACUAUUCUUUAGGUACUUUUCUUGGCUUGUGGCUUCUACUCCAUUAGCAAUCUAGAUGUGCGAUCUUUUUGCUUCAAAUCGCUGAAGAAAAAGAAGAGGUUUUGACUUUUUGGUCAAAAAAGAAGUGUAUGCAUAUAGCGGCUCAAUGUUCCAUUAUUUUGAGAAUUUCUCACCUGAUGAUCAGCACUUUAAUGAUUUCUGUCACUCACAGAAGUCUAAUUCUUGUUUGGUCUCUAGUAUAUCCGAUUAUGACUUCGGGUUCAAAGAGGAUCUUUUCAAAGCACCAGAACCCAUAAUAGAACAACCAAUGAUAACCCUGUGUGGAGAAGACAUCAUCUUUCCAGAAAAUAAGUUUACAUAUCUUGAAUUACUUGAAGAUGAGGACUUCAUGAGCAAUCUCUUUGAAGAAUAUAAAGAUAUCUUGCCAAAAGAAACAUCAUCUUCCUCAGAGUUUCCAGAUUUCAAAACAGACGAUAACAUCGCUGUUAAAGAAAUUUUGUAUCCUUUUGGAACAUUCACAAAAAGUGUUAGCUCUGAUAGUUUAAUCUCAGUGGACGCGGAUCAAAUGAGACCGAUUUCCAUGAAUUUUACUGAAAUGGAUUUGAAGAAUGUUCAUGGUAUGCGAAGGGUUUGCAGUGAAGGAUACAUAAAGCCACAGGUAACGAGUGAUCAAGUUCAAGAAACUCGCAUGCAGAAGCUUUCGAGAUACAGGAAUAAGAAGACAAAGAGGAAUUUUGGCCGAAAAAUUAAGUAUGCUUCGAGGAAGGCGUUAGCAGAUGGUCAACCACGGAUCAAAGGAAGGUUUGCCAAGGCUGAAGAAUCGGAAGUCUUCAGAAAGUAAUCAGAGAGAUUGGUAAACGUCAUAAAUCGGCAUUUGGAAGAAACUGGAAUCUUGUAGUUAAAUGUAUAAAUCUUUGUUGAUCCUGGAUGCUGCUUGAGUUGUUUUUUGUUCGGCUUUUGUGGAUGUUAUUGUAUGAUUUGUAUCCAAGCUUCUGUUGAAUAUAUAGAAAUGCUACUUGUAAUAAAUCAUAUCAAGAUGGAGUGAAAAUGUGAAAGUAUGUUUGAAAGAUACUGUUUUUGGGGAUCCGAGUUAUGUUCUUGUAAGGUAAAACAGGAAAGUUUUUAUAUGG